AUAGUAUGAGGUUGGUUGCAUUUCUCGCGCGUAAGUUUCGCGCUCAUAUUGACGAAAUGUGUGGGUUGUUUGUAAACUGUUGAAUUAAUAACGGCUGUAAUUUGGUAUUGAGGUGAAAUUUACAGCUAGAAGAUGAGGAAUGUGACUCAACCCUCACUGAUUUGCCAGCGACAGACCGGUUUCAGGGCUUCUGUCGGUUAUGACUUUGCUAUUAAGCGUUUGAAGUGCUAUGAAACAGGAGACUCUAGAGGCUCUUCUGCUGUUGUACCUCCUACAUUUGCCUGCAGAUUUUGUGGUGUAACUAACUAUGAGUAUCUUCUGGCAUUGGCAGAUGAAGAUGGAAAGAUUGCUAUCCAGAACACAAGACUCAAAUCCAAGAGUAAUCUGAUGGAAGGAUCACAAGCCCACAAUAACGCAAUAUUUGACGUUGCUUGGAUGGAUGGGGAAUUCAAAUUGGUUAGUGUAUCUGGAGACCACACUGCAGUUCUCUGGGAUGUUUCCAACUCUCAGAUGAAGGAAAUUGGGAAAUUUGAGUCUCACACUCGCAGUGUUAAGACAGUAACUUUCAAGCCAAAGGACAAAGCAAUUUUUGCAACUGGAGGAAGAGAUGGAAUGAUCAUGAUAUGGGAUGCACGCACAGCCAGUGGAUCUCGUCAAUGUAAACCUGAUAAUUACAUAUCAAAUAGCCACCAUCUACCAGGUCUUGCAGCAGGUACUGCUUCAAAAUGUCGGAGGACUAAGUGUCUCCAGCCAUCACGUGCAAAUAGUGUCACAGGACUUGUAUUUCAAGACGAAAAUACAUUAAUAUCAUGUGGAGCUGGAGAUGGACAAAUAAAAAUUUGGGAUUUACGAAAGAAUUAUUCAGCAUAUAAGAGGGAUCCUUUACCAAAACUACAUUUACCGUAUGCUGGAGGAACAUCAAAAAAUGGAUUUACGGAUCUGCUGCUUGAUCCUGGCAAUGUGAGACUAUAUGCGAGUUGCAUGGAUAACACAGUUUACUGCUACAAUGUUUCUACUUAUGAGAAACAACCAGUUUCAACAUACUCUGGGCAUGAAACAGGUUCAUUUUAUGUUAGAACUUGCUUAAGUCCAGAUGGCCAAUAUCUUGUAAGUGGCUCUAGUGAUGAAAAGGCUUAUAUUUGGAAUACCAGCCAGCCUGGUAGACCAGUGACAACACUGGCUGGACACUACUUAGAAGUUACAUGCGUUGCCUGGUGUCCUGUUGGUGAUAUACAGAUUGUAACGUGCUCAGAUGAUGCGCAUGUCCGUUAUUGGGAAGUUGGUAAUGAAUACGAAGAGUACAAUGAAGUGGAGAUUCGAGGGUGGGCAGAAGACAUUGUUUCUCCAGGCCUGGUUCCAAGGCAAAAGCUUAGAGGUGUUGCAGAAAAAAUUGUGGGACCCACAUUUCACCAGGCACAAAACAUUGUGGCCGCUUUGGAAACAACACCUAGAUCCCACAAAAAAUACAUCUUCAAUCAUCAGAGAACACCAGUUGUAUCAGAUAUGCAAACACCAGAGUUGGAGGAAUGCAAGAGUUGUAACAGUGGCAAACUGGUAACACCCUGUUCAAAAUGCUUAUCUGCAAAGGAUAGAACUACAUCCGUUAGAGAGAGACAUUCAUUGAAAAGGCGCUUGGAAGAUAUGAUGGAAGAUGAGGACUCACAGGGCUCUACAAAUAAGAAGCGAUCCGUUUUAUCUCCAAUUAAAGAAAACAAUGGGGAAAUAUUGGAGAGAACACCUAGCGAUUCCAGAGGUGCAAGGAGACUUUUCAGUCCUGGAGAGAAAAGUAUUGAUAUGAAAGAAGACAACAACCCCAGCUUUUGUAAUUCACGAUCUUUGUUCUCCUCUCCAACAGACAAACUCCCCAAUUAUGUUGUGGAUGGGACAUCUCCACACCACUUUUGCAGCCGGAGUCCACUACAAAAGGAAAAUAUUGACUGGUUAACUAAAUUGCAGAAAGAUAAACCGUGUGUUCUAAAGGCAGCUGUUGUGUCAUCACAUUAUACACCCAAGAGACGUAAACGUUCUGGGUCAGGGGCUGAUGGCAGCAUACUCAAAUUUUUCCGUGUAUCAGGAAAAGCAAAUAGUGAACAGUCAAUUUUCUCUAAUGUCUCCGUGCACUCAGAUGAGUAUGAAAAGUAAAGUCUGUGUGUGUGUGUGUGUGUGUGUGUGUGUGUGUCAAGGAUGAGGAUGAACUGAAUUUAAUGCAAGAGAGAAUGGAAGUAAUUUAUAUGUACAUGUAAGUUGACUAAAGGAAUAUCUCCUGCCAGUUUGACUUAGUAAAAUGUGAUCAAUUUUAUGUAUUUAUAAAAAUAAUUUUAGUUUUGUUAGAUUAUGUUGAGUGGUAAUGCAUAGACCUAUAGAUACACAUAAUUGAUUUGAUCUGUUACACAGAUUCUGAAGGUGAUCUAUGCACUAGAGCAAUACUUAUUAUAAAAACAGAAGACAGACAGACAGAUUCAUUUCACUAACAAUAGUUAGUGGUUACCAAAGAGUUCAUCACAUCUUUGAUUAUGAAAGCUUGGAACUAGAUUUCAGGUUUUCAGACUUUUAAAUAAUUGCCUUUUACUCGCCUGCAGACUCUCCAUAUAGGAAGAAAGCAGUUUUUGUUUAAGUUGAAUGUUCUGUCAUUUCAUGUCUGCAUUCUCACAGCUGUAUGAACAUUACCAUAUGUGUACAUGUUGUGAUAUGAAAUCUAUCAUUUGGAUUUUCAAGGAAAUAGAAGAGCUGACAAUAUGUAUAUAUGUGUAUAUAUACUGAGAUUUUGUCUACAGCAAUGCAACGACUGAAAUAAAUGCUUGUUGAAGUAAAUGCAACCUGUAACACUUAAUAUUUUCACAUGUUUCAUCAUCAUUUACCAUCAGUCUGGUGUCAUGCCUUCCAAUUAUACAGCAAAGCUGCAUCUCUCAGUGUUUUUUGUACAAUAUCCAAUCCAUACACGGAGUAUUUUUGUGGACUUAGCACGUAACUCUAAGGAGUUUAGUGACUCAUUACAGAGUAAUAAUGCAAUUAUGCUUUAUUUGAUUAUUAUCCCAAUUAUCUUUGUUUCUGUGAAAAGACUUCCAUAUCAGUGAAAAAGUGUGUAAUAUGCUGUCAACAAAAUGUAUAACACAGAACUAUUGAAAAGUACUGUUUACAGAAACUGCGCCACUCUUCCAUUGAAUUCAUUGAACCGAUAUGUGUGUGUGUGGCGGGGACAGAACUGAUUCGAAUAAAUGCGAGCUUGAAGUCGAAGAGAAAUGGUAAUUGCUGUUGUGAACUGUACCAUGAUUGAAUGGAACAAGUCUGUUUCUGACCAAGAGGAACAAUACAUACCAUUGACAUUUAUGCAGACAUUUUCAGUGCAUUACAGACACAAAGAAAACUGUAGUAAAAAACCAAGUAAAGUGUAGUUGCUCUGGGACGAGUAUUCUGUAGAGACCAUUGGUACUUUAUACAAAAAAAAAUUCCUAAAUGACCUCCAAAAUUUUGUCAUAGUUUAGACCUGCACACUCCCAGAUAUUAACCAACUUCUUACAUUCCUCAUAAAUCCCAUCAUAAAAUUAAUUCAGUACAAACAUUUGAAGUAACCACGUCAUAACAGGAGACUAGAGCAGGCUGUUCUGUGGAAUUAGUAAGAAUAUGGCAAGGUGAUUGGCACACCCAGUUUAUGCCUUUUGGUCUAGGAGUCAGUGAGCAUUGGAAAAUUUAUGGCAGAGGGAUAGUCUUUCGUGCACUCAACAACUCUAAAUACUUUAUUGGUAAAAUAAUUCUUAACACCAUAACUGUGUGUGGCAUAAGUGACAUAAAUGAGAGUUGUAUAGUUGAGUAGUUUGUGCUUAUAUCACAAUGUCAAAUGCAAGUCACAGCAUCAUGUAUUUUUUUAUGCAAUUCUAGAUAACACUGACAAUCGAAGGCUGCCUGAGCAUGGGUGAAUUAGUGUAUUAAUUAUGGUUACACACGGCAUCUCAAAAGAAAGUUUAUAUUUGAUGUGUCAAAAUAAAAUGGAUGUUGACGUCCAUCGUCAAAAUCCUUAUUUGUUAUUGAAAUAUACAGUUUAGGAAUUUACUUCUUCUUCACUUAAGCAAACUCCAGCAUGCCUACGGUACUCAUUUAAAUGAUGAAAAAAACUUUGCACAACGGCUCAACAUGUAGACACCAGAAUUGUUGUCACUUCACUACAGAUGUUUCCUGUCAAUUGCUCCGGAGAAGUUGGAAUACUGACAUAAAUGUUAGAUUUAACAUAUCCCCAUGGGGUUGGGGGAAAUCAAUGGGCUCAAAUCUGGACUGCUUCAGGGUCAAUUUAUGUUACCCCUCCUGAAAAUCAAUUUGCCAAGGAUAAUUUCAAGAACUCGCAUUAGACAUGUGUGCUGAGUCUCCAUCUUUGCUGAAACCAUGUUCUUUGGUUAUAAGCAGGAAAGUUAUGCAAUUCAGGCAGCAGAAAUUCAGCUAAUAUCGUCAAACAAUGUUCCAAAUUCAUGUAACUGCACAUCUGCUCUCGUCUUGUUACUUUUGGCCAAUGAAGGGGUUUCUCUUGCUUAUGAGUAGGAUUCAUUGCACUCCAUUAGCGUUAAAUGAAGGGCACUCGGUCACAUAACGAACUGCAGCCUAUGUCUGGCAUCCUGGGGCUUUAAUUCUUGCUCAGUUGGAUAUUGUAAGGAUGCAGUUUAAGGUAUUUUUGCAGAAUUUGGGGCAGUGGUGUUCUCUACACUUUUAAAGAAUUUGGACACUUAACGGAUGAAGAGGUUAGGAUCAUCACGAACAGACUAAUUUACACUCCCCACAGAUUCACUUGUUCUUAAUGACCUUGGUCGCCCGGGUGGUCCGCUCCUGAGAAGCACUCCAUAAGGACUGGAUUCCUAAAGGCCAAGAAAGCAAUGAAUGUACCCACCACUCUCCACAGAUUUGGUGCACAUGCACAGAGAGCUCUUAAAAUAUAAACUUUCCUUGAGACACCUGAUAUUUUCAGUCAUGGCUACCAUCCGUUAGAUAUUUACAUCUUUAUUUACCAGUUUCAAUCCUUUAUAUUGAUAAUGUUGAGACUAUUGGCAAGCAAGGGAAAUUUAUUUCAGCUAUUAUGAGCAAAAUCUCUGAUUAAUUAACAAAAAAUCUCUGAUUA